AUGGUAUUUAAUAUAGAACAAAUUGACAAGGAAAAGGAACAAGGAAAAAGCACUUCAACUAAUCAAACUUCAAAUUUCAUUACUGAUCAGGAACUGGAAAAUGUGGGUCUGUUGAUUGCCUUUGGAUCAGCACAUGUGAAACAGUCACUUGAGGACGUUAGCCCCCAAACCAAAACUUUACUGAGUCUCACUUUGAACCGACUAACAACAACAACAACAUCACCAACAUCCAUACCAGUUCAGCCUAAUGGAGAACUUUCAAGCUCACCACCAGUACCAUCUUUCUCCUUUCGAAACCCAACUAUUUCAAAAGCCGAGCAUGCACUUCUUGAUAAAUUUGAAAAUGAAGUAAUGAAAAACGAAGAAGCAAUUUCUUCAUUACAAAAAUUGAAAAUUGAAACCAGGGAUAAAUACUUGUAUCAAAUCAAAAGAUAUAUUAGAUUCUGUGCCAACACGGGGUUAGAUAAUUUCUUAGUGACUAAUCAAUUAGCUCAACAAUUGAUUGAAUCUGAAAUGAUGAAACGUGGUGGUAAUAUAAGUGAAAAUACUGUUCGUAGUAUUCGAUCACCAUUAAAUAAAUUAUACUUCAUGAAUAAAAUUGUUUAUGGUGAACAACAACAAAAUGAAAUUUUAGGAGAUCAAUUCAUACAACAAAUGUUAAAUUCAAUGAUGCAAAAGAAGAAUAAACCCCCCAACAAAGGUGAUAAGGAUGAAGACAGUGGUGAAGUGGAUGAAAAGGAUGAAGAUGAUGAGGCGGAUAAAGGUGAGUCAAGUGUGCGGUCUAAAACCAGUAGUAGAAGUGGGCUACUAAAUUUUCCUGAUCAAAAUCCAUCAUCAAACACCAGUUUGAAGCCUUCUUCUUCUUCAACAACAAUGGAAAGCUCCUCCAAGGUGGAUACUACAGACCCCAAAAGAAAUAAAGGCAAGACUCCCUUAACUGAAUCCAAUUUAGAGGUAGCUGAACAAGACAGACAAAAUAAGGAAUCGUCUUCAGUAUCAUCUUCUAGUGUAUUAGUAUUCAAUCCCAACACAAAUACAAAAUCAUUUGGACUAAGUGGUAAUUCAAAACAUCGACUUUCACAAAGCGAAGAAGCAUUGUUACGCAAAUUUGAUGAAGAGAUUCUCAACAAUCCCAAAACUCAAGAUAUCUUGUCAAAUUUGACAGGGAACACAUUCAAAUCAUAUGCUACUGAUAUCAAACGAUUCAUAAAGUAUUGUGCUCGAAAGGGUAAACUGGAUUUCUUGAUUGAUGAAGAUAUUUUGACAAGAUUCUUGUCUUUCCAAACUAGCAAAAGCAGUAGUAGUGCGAGUAGCAGUAGUAGUGGGAACAGCAGUGGUGGGAGUCGCACAUAUAAUUUAAAAAACACUAGAACUAGUUUAUUGAAAUUACAUCAAUUGAAUUGUUUGGCUUAUGAUUUGGAGUUUUCAGAAGGGGAUAUCAUCCUUACAUUGAAUAAGUUCUUGGAUUCCACAAUUAACGCUGCCCCCACCAAUGUGUUAGGAGAAGAACAAUUGGACUUAACACAGGAGUUGGAGCCUGAAGGUGAUCCAUUACUUGAUCAAUUACAACACUAUUACCAAACUUCAACCAUUCUUGAUGGAUUGUCAGAUCAGAGUAAGAAACUAUACGCCAAUGAAUUCAACCGAUAUGCAUUAUUUUGUUCACAACAAGGUUUGUCACAUUUUCUAUUAACUGGGGAUCUCAUCAAGCAAUAUUUCAUUGAUGAAGUGAUUGGUCAUACUCCAACUAUAUCAACUAAGAAAUUAAAGGAGAUUUUGAGUCGAUUGAAUUGUUUACAUAAUUUGAAUAUUGAAAUUGAUCCGGAAAACACCCCCAAGCAAAUUAGAAAUAUUCAUGUGGUGAAGGAUUUCAUUAACGAGUAUUGUUUGAAAGCUCAUUCAGACUCGCCAGCACAAGGGAGUGCUAUUACAGUAGGGGGAAGUAGUGGAAACGGAGGAAAUGGAAUUGGCGGAAGUGGUACAAGUAGCUCGAGUACUAGUGGAAGUGGAAGUGGUAAUGGAAAUGGAGCUGACACACUUUCUGGUGCUUCAACAUCAGGUUCAUCCAUCAGUUCAGGUUUACCUCAUUUGAAUUUCUCCAAUAACCCAACAAACAUACUUACAGGACUGCUGCUGCUGUCUUCUGAACAACCAAGUGGAGGAGAAUUAUCUAGUUCACUAAGAAGAAGUACUACAUCACAAAAUCCGAAGUCACGGUUGAAAUCAUCCUUCCAGUCGUAUAGUUCAAGACCAGAAAUUAUUGAUACUACAAGUGGUGGGGCAAACACAAGCAGUGGUGGGGGAGGUAAAGAGAAGGCUCAAAAGUUUGGGCUUGGAGAAGAAAUUGGUGGUUCUACUCAACGAUUGAGAAUUGUGGAUGAGAAUAAACAUAUGGAAAACAUGUAUGAAAGUAUUGAUAGUGAAGAGAAUAUUGAUGAGCCCAAAGAUCAACAAAUAGCAGCCGGAGCUGAUGAUUGUGAACACAAUCAAGGAAAACAAGAUGUCAAAGAACAAACCCUUGAUUAUGAUUACCCCCAAUCCUCACCUCCUUCUUCAUCUUCUUCAAAACGCCAAAAGCUUGAGUCUUUACCGGAAACCAAUGACUCAAUCCCUAAAUUCGUCAUGAAUAAGGGCAUUGAGUCAAUAACUCAACUCGUUGAAGAAUGGACUUUAAUCAUUAAACGUAAUGAAAAAUAUGGAUUAGCUUGGAUCAAAACAAUGAAUGAUUUACAACUUUACAAUAGUCGAAAGUUGAUCAUAGCCUUGAUGGAGGAAAUCUUGCCUACAAUGAAUGAAGUAUAUAAAGGUAAGAAAAUAGGUGAGAUUUAUCUGUUUGGUGGCCCUGGUGAUGCUGGUGAGCUGGUUUUAUUUGAACUUGCAUUAGUAUUCGAUCAAUAUCUCAAUCGAAAGAGUUUGACAAUUGAUGAUUUGAUUAAAAAGAUUGAGAACUAUCCAAGCUAUGUUAAGCGAGAGUUCUUGAGGAUCAUAUCGAGGAGAAAAUCUACAACCAGAACUAGUAACGUUGUAUCUGGUGGAGGUCUAUCAAGUUCUUCAGCAUCGUCUGUAUCUGGUGUAAAUAAUCCACCAUCUUAA